AUGACAACUCUGCAACUGCAAUUUGCCCCACGCUUCCAAGCGCCAAAUGCCGAAGACCCAAUGGAGCUCACAUCAGAUAUAGAUCAGCGCGCUGGAGCCGGUGACGAUAUUGACAUUGAUCUUGACCUCACUGGCGACAACCCCCAGGAUGUCGAAGAUGAAUUCAUGGAUGAAGAGAAUAUGAACACUCUUGCUUAUUCAACAUCUGUGGAUGGACAGGAAACUCAUGCCGCCAAUGACGACGAGAUGGGUGAUGUUAGCUACGCGCAGGGGCAGGUUAACGAAGGGUCAUCUGUACGCGACGAAGAUAUCGAGGAUGCGGAAUACACUGGGCCUGACCUGGAUGAGGACACGAUCGUUGAGCCAGACAUAGAUCAUCCGAAUGAGCAAUCUGAGGAACCAUUUGCCAAUUAUGAGGACAUCGUUGGGAACCAGGACCACGAGCAAGAUUACCAAGAACAAGAGUAUAACGAACGAGGGCAUCACGAACACCCGUCCAUGUCCGAAUUAAAAUCUGGUGACAUCGAGAGGGCCCUUCCAAAUGGCCAAACGGGACUGCCGAAUCCUGGUCACGCUGUUGCCGAGGUAGCAACGAGAGAGACAUCCGAUAGGUACGAUGUCGAGGUCAGCAAAGAAGCCACAGUCAAACACGGGGCGGCAGAAGAAACUUCGGAACCCUCUGAUGUUGAGGGGCCCACAUUGGCCCCAGAAGCCAAGCUUGAGCAGGUAGGAGAAGAAUUUCUGCCGGCCUCAUUAGAUCAAAAAAUUGUGGUUCAGUUGAACGUCGAAGGAUCUCACACCCAAGAGGAAGACCCUCUGAACAGUCCUGUUCACCUGCAUCCUGUCAUGUUGGACUACCAAGGGAACGAAAUGUUCUUAUUUCCUCCCGUAGACCAAAAUGGAGAACACGCUGCCACAUUCUUAUUAACAGACGAACGGCUUGCUUACAGCCCUAUUGGGGAUCUUCUCGAGGCCUGUAGGGGCAUUCUUAAAGGAAGUUUGAGCGAGCUCGACGAAUUGACAAUCAACAUUGAUGGCUUGGACCUUCAUAUUAGCGAAUCUACAAUAGAAUCCACGAGUACAAGGCUCUCGGAAGUCAUUGAACUCUAUGUUCAUUUGCAACAGAACGAUGGACUAGAAGACCCCCCACCCCUCUACAUGGACCUUACCUCUAGGAAUAGAUUUUCCCGCCGUCUUGACCUCCUACAGAAUGCCGCAAUCGAAGGGAAAGGGUUCUCCCAGCUGAAGUCGUCCCAAGAGACUGAGAAUGAUGGGGACCACAGGACUGAACGAGAAACAGACUCGUCGAGCCAUAUUGCCGUGCUAUCGAGGAACGAGACUUAUUCAUCCGAGCAACGACUAAGAGAAGAUGCGGAGGAGAGCAUAUAUCAAUGUGAUUUGCAUAGCAACCCGCUGCCUUCAGAGAACCCUCUGCUAGGGACUGAUUCUGCUGCCCAAGGGACGCAGUCAUACCCCGUCACGCACGUUGCGCACGAAGAAAUCGAUCGUACAGAGCCUCAGCUUGGCAGUGACAACAACCCCCACAAAGCAGGAAUUAGUGUUGGAUUUUCAAGCGAGGCCGCAGGGUCCAAGGAAUCUCUUGAAUUUGCACAGCCUUUGGCCGGUGAAUCAGAACUUCAGAAAGCGGAAGAAUCUAUCGUGGAAGAUGGGGAUUUCAUUGAUUAUGAAGACGUCGAAGAGCUAGAGCGUGGCACCUCAAGCGCGUCGUCUACUUUACAAGGUGAUGCUAUUGACGUUAGUGCAGUCCAGGAUCGCACCGUCCCCAACGAGCCAGUCAUUGCAGACAAUCAGGAGCACCGAUAUCCCCAUGAUGUCCAGGAAAAUUUCGUUGCAGACGAAGAGAUUCCACACAAAUCUGUGGACCAGAAGGAUACCAGUGACGUUGGCGUACCUACCGAAGAAGAACAAUUCAAUCUUGCGGAAAAUCUAUCCCAAGAUUCUGACGACCAGGGCCAGAGUCUCUCCGGGCAAUUCAAUGAAGAAGAGGAAGCACCAGAAAAUGAAGAUGCUAGCAUCUCCCAAGAAACAGAGUUACGGCCUAGUGUCAACGAAGAUGAUGAUCAACAUAAAGCUUCCGUGCAGUAUGAGGACGACGCAAGAUCUUACCGGCACCACACAAUGCAUGAGCACGCAGAUAAGAUCGAAGGUGACUUGUAUCUAGUAGCUGACACAAAUUUCAACGGUGAAAUUGAACAUGACUCUUCGACGCAUCCAAUCCAAUCUGAGUUUAUUGGAUCUGGGAGGAGUUUCCGCGAUGAUGACCUGAGGGAAGUAAACAAUUUGGAAGCGGAGAAUGAGCUCGAAGAAACCGAUAGGUCAUUAGCUAAUGACGACAAUGACGACAUCCCUCAGCCGCCGGAGGGAGUGAAUAUACGACCAUCUUUUUUCGUCGACGAGUCUGCACAAACACAAGAAGAUGAUGAUGAGAUUACCUACGAGGACGAGGAAUACGAUACCGACUUUCCCCUUGAGCCAGCGAAGGCAGAGCACAACGUCGCAACCAGUCCUGGAUCUCUCAAGCGUGCUCGAAGUCUCCACGAAGACGACGACGCGUUAGAAGAGGAUCUUCAAGGUACUAAACGCGUCCGGUCUGGAUAA